UAGUUCAUUCACAAAAAAUUGAGCUAUCAAAUAUUCAUCAAAACAUUCAAAAAUGGAGAAGAAAGAAAUUGGGUUAAUUUUGAGUAUGUUGGUGAUGAUAGUCAGUUGUUGUGAGGGGGUCAAUGACUAUGACUACUUGCAAGUUGUAAUCCAAUGGCAACCUGCCACGUGUACAGAUUGGAAGAAGCCUUAUCCUUAUUGUUUCCAAGACCCAGAUAAUAGAUUCAGUAUCCAUGGCAUGUGGCCUAGCCUAUACAGCGGUGCCCAAACCCAUUGUUUCGGUAGUCCCUUCGAUGUAAACCAGAUUAGCAUACUCCAACCUGGAAUUAGUGAAAUAUGGCCAAAUGUUGUCACAGGAAAAAACCAAUGGCUAUGGGGACACGAGUGGGAUAAACAUGGAACUUGUACUGAGAGCAUUUUAUUUGACCAAGAAGAAUAUUUCAGUUUUACAAUGGACAAAUAUAUUGAAAAUAAUUUGUCGUUUAUUCUUGGGAAGAGCCAAAUUACACCUAAUGGGCAACUUUACUCGAGGGCUCAAAUUUAUGCAGCAAUAAGUGCAAAGACUGGAAAAACCCCAGCCGUUCGAUGCAACUACAACUAUUGGAGUGGAGUUGAACAAUUGCAUGAAAUAACUCUUUGUUACAAUUGGAAUGCUACGGCUUUUGAGGACUGCCCUUUGAAUGCCAACAAAUGUGAUAAUACUUUUAUGUGGUAUCCAUGGAGCACUACCAAAGCUUUAUCUGUCUAAAGAAUAAAACCAACAAAUAUUAAAUCGUAAAAAGGGCCCUCCAUAUGGUGUGUGGCUCUUAUAUAUGUGUGUACUUUUCUAAGCCUUUUAUGUUUCUAAUAAUGUCUUCCUCAUGAGUUCAUGGAGGAGAUGAAAUAUGAAUAAAUGGAGGAUGGAUUUGUAAAUCAUAUUCGUUCAGGACUUAUUUAAUUUAUGGUGAAAGAAAAUAAAUGAUGCUUAAUUAUGAUAAA